GCCAGAGGAAGGCAGACGGGCAAAGGUGGGAGAGCCACAGCAAAGGAGCGACAGAGAGAAAGAGAAAGACUCCAGAAGAGACAAGAACCCCCAACAUUCAUCCACAUCGCCGCAAGUGGCAACCAGAGCCAGCCUGGGAGAAGGUCUGCUGCCCGUCCGUCCCCAUGGGCCGCCGUGGGCCGUGGCUGCACACGUCUCUCCUCUGGGCUGCCGUGGCCAGCCUGCUCCUCCCUCCGGCCGUGACCCAGCAGCUGAGAGGGGCCGGGCCCGGCCCCAGCAACUGGAACAACAAUGCAGGCGUCUCCUCGGAGGACAUGUCAGGUGAGUUUGGCCACCCCAUCCACGGCCACAGAGGCCACGGCGAUGAGGGCGAGGAUGUUUUCACGGACCGCGGGCCUCCGUUCUGGAGCCACCGAGACCACGGAGAAGAGGACGAGGGCGUCUCCAGGGAAUACGGUCCCCGGCUCCCAGGCCACGAGGCUGGAGAGGAGAAUGUCUCCGAUGAGGAGGCCUUCACAGAGCGUGGCCACGGGAAUGAGGAUGGGGGCAAUUCGGCAGAGCAUGGGCACCCCUUCCCCAGCCACGGGAGCCACGGGAGCCACGGCCAUCAAGACGAGGAUGAGAGCGAAGUUGUGUCCAGUGAGUAUCAACAUCACAUCAUGAGGCACGUACACCGAGGCCACGGAGAAGAGGAGGAGGAGGAAGAGGAGGAGGAGGGUGUUUCUAUUGAGUAUGGACACCAGGCCCAUAAGCACCGAGGCCACAGCGAAGAAGAAGAAGAUGAUGAUGAUGAUGAAGAUGAUGAUGAUGAUGAUGAUGAUGAUAUCUCUAAUGAGUAUGGACUCCAGGCCCACAGGUCCCAAGGCCACAGGAAGGAACAAGAUGAAGACGACUCAGAUGAGCACAGCCACCAUGUCCCUGGCCACGGACACCAAGGCCACAAAGAAGAAGAAGAUGAUGAUGACGACGACGAUGAUGAUGAUGAUGAAGAUGAUGAUGAUGAUGAUAUCUCUAAUGAGUAUGGACUCCAGGCCCACAGGUCCCAAGGCCACAGGAAGGAACAAGAUGAAGACGACUCAGAUGAGCACCGCCACCAUGUCCCUGGCCACGGACACCAAGGCCACAAAGAAGAAGAUGAUGAUGAUGAUGAUGAUGACGAUGAUGAUGAUGAUGAUGCCUCCCCUGAGUAUGGACACUGGGUGGCGUACAGGCACCAAGACCAGAGCCAGCAAGAGGAUGAAGACGACUCAGAUGAGCACCGCCACCAUGUCCCUGGCCACGGACACCAAGGCCACGUGAAGGAAGGCGAUGCUGUCUCGGACGGACACCACCAUCACGCCCUCAGCCGUGGACAUCAAAGCCACGGGGACCAGGAGGAUGAGGAUGAGGAUGUGUCCACGGAACACUGGCACCAGCCUCCCAGACAUGCUCCCCACAGCCUAGGAGAGGAGGAGGAGGAGGAGGUCACAGUCAAGUUCAGUCACCACGUGGCCAGCUACCCACCACCCGGCUCCAGGAGCGCCGAGGAGGAGUACCUCGCAGAUGAGUAUGACACAGACGUCCCCGGCCCUCACCCCCACGGGGUCCCCGAGGAGGAGGAUGAGGACAGCGCUGUCAAGCUUGGCCACCAAGCUCCCAGCCAUCGUCAACAAGGCCACAGCGACGAGGAGACCGGCCAGAAAGUGUCCAUCAAAGAAAUUAGCCCCCGGGCCCCAGAGCACACGGGGGUCAAGGACAGGAGCCAUUUGGGGGAAAGAGAUUCUGAGGAGGAAGAGGAAGAGGAAAAAGAAGAGCGCAGUUCGCAGGAGGAGGAAGGUCCAGAGCAGGGAGAAGGCACCCACCGAGGCAGCCUGGCCCGGGAGGACGAGGAAGAGGAGGAGGAGGAAGGCCAUGGCCUCAGCCUGAGCCAGGAGCAGGAGCAGGAGGAGGAAGAAGAAGAGGAAGAGAGGAGAGGAGAGAGGACUGAGGUUCAGGCCCCACUGAGCCAAGACCACCAGGGGGAGGAAGAGGAGGAGGAGGAGGGGCUAGAGGAAAACCAGCUCCCGUUCACCAUCAUCCCCAACCCACUGGCCAGGAGGGAGGUGGCUGGAGGUGGCUCCAGUGAGGAAGAGAGUGGCGACGCCGGUCCGCAGGAUGCCCAAGAGUACGGCAACUACCAGCCAGGGUCCCUGUGUGGCUACUGCUCCUUCUGCAACCGAUGCACUGAGUGUGAGAACUGUCACUGUGACGAGGAGAACAUGGGGGAGCACUGUGACCAGUGUCAGCAUUGCCAGUUCUGCUACCUCUGCCCGUUGGUCUGUGAAACUGUCUGCACCCCAGGAAGCUACGUCGACUAUUUCUCCUCGUCCCUGUACCAGGCCCUGGCGGACAUGCUGGAAACUCCCGAACCCUAACCCGGCCCCGCGGCUGCGGCCGCGGCGCAGACGUCCCUCCCUGGCCCUCCAACGCCUUCCCACGAGCCAUAUUUAUUUCUCUGAAUAAACGUGUCCCGCGAAACCUC